GUAAACUAACUUUAUUUAUUUAUUAAGUUAAACUAAUGCCGCCAAACGUCAUAUAUAUAAUAUUCCCCCUUUUCCCCCAUUCAUUUUCUUAUCAUUAUUUUUCUCUCCAAUUUCUCUAUCACAAAAUUCAAAAGUUUGUUUGGAGUGAAGAAUGGGGCAGAUCCAGUAUUCUGAGAAGUAUUUUGAUGAUACCUAUGAGUACAGGCAUGUUGUUCUUCCUCCUGAUGUUGCGAAAUUGCUUCCUAAGAAUCGUCUUCUCUCUGAAAAUGAGUGGAGGGCAAUUGGAGUUCAGCAGAGCAGGGGAUGGGUGCACUAUGCUAUUCACCGACCAGAGCCACAUAUCAUGCUCUUCAGGAGGCCACUGAACUAUCAGCAGCAACAAGACAACCAGGCUCAGCAAGCUCUGCUUGCCAAGUGAAAGAACCCUGUCUCUCGUUCUUUUGUCAUAUACAGAUAGUAAUGUUCAUUUCAUCUAGAAAUGAUAUGAUAUAGCUUUGUUGAUUUCAAGUUAAAUGUCGUGGAUUUUUAAAGAUGUUAAGUACUGUGUAACGCUUUAGGUAUUUAAUUCCUGUAUUCGAAUGCUAUCCCUGUGCUUGGAAUUGGUUCUCUAUGAAAGUUUCAGUUGAUUGAUUA